UGUAUGAUGAAGAUGACUUUGGACUGGCAAGCAUCAUACUACCAGACCAUUUCUGGUAGUUUAUGGGCGUGGUUAGCUGCAAAUCAAGGAAAUAUUUCAACAUGUAUGACAACACUGUGGUCGAAUCAAGUGAUGACUGUUGUAAGUGACCGAUUUAUAAAGCUGUUAAAGUCAUUACGGACAACACUUUAAAACCAUGGCUUGAUAUAUUCGGAGUUAUUAGCAUUUUGUUCUCGAGAGAGAAAAUGUGUUUUUUAAAGUUUCAAAACCAAAUGACAAGGUGCUGUGAGGAAAGCUCCGCCAGGGAGGAUUAUCAGAACACCUGACCAUUUUUCGCUGCGUGCUGUGUGGAGAAGAUGGAAAGCGUGUGUGGAAAUGCGAGAGAGCGAAGCGCGAUGCAGCGCGUCAGCCACAGCGGCAUGGCGCUUUUACCGUGGACCAGACAGAUCCUGACAGUACUAUGGGAAAACGUCCGCUUAAUGCUUCAAGUCAUCUGUUGCAGCUUAAUGGCAGUUUUCCAGAUGUUCAGGUUUGAAGUUCACCUGCGCAUCACAGAUGACACAGGAGAACAUAUUCAACACAUGACGAAUGGCCAUGGAGAUACCGAAGGUUUUCUCCUGUCAUCACUGUUUGAAAGCAACAAGAAUGUUGUAGUGGCAGGUCCGAGUCCUCUGUCAAGGUUUAACAAGGAUCCUUUCAACCUAAACUCACAUUCCAGGUCUGUUCUAUCCAGUCUUGUGAAUGAUGAUCUCUGCUGCUCACUGGUGGACAAUUUAGUAUCCUGUGCAACUGAGUGUCUCAAUGAUAAUGAAGAUGUGUGUGUAGGAGAGCAGUUUGGCUGGAAGCACAGAUUUGACUGGAAUUUUCAUACAGGCUUAGAGAGUAGAGUAGAUGAAGAAUGUGUAUCGAGUCUUUAUGAGAAGGAUGUUCAGAAACAGAAUGAUUGUUGUACAGGAUUGGAAUGUAAUUUUUCAAGGUUAAAGUUCAAAAGUCAAAGUUCAGAUAGCGAGUUCAGCUGGGGCAGCUCAGACAGUUCCUCCAUAGAUAGGGAGCGAGAGGAUAGCGAUGGGCUCUGGGAUCUUCUUAGGUGUUCCAACGAUCCAUACCACCCACUGCACUUCACAGCAUGUAUGUCCAGUGCAGUUGCUAAUAGACAGAGAACACAAACAGGAUCAAGUCAGCAAAGAAAUGAAUUCACAUCAACACCAUCUAGUGUGUCCUGUUGCUCAGAUUCUAGUGAGCAAGGAAACACUGGAACUGUCAACUCGGAAGACGAAGAGGAGGCAUUGUGGAAGUCUCUGUCUCGGGAUGACGACCCUUAUCACCCAUUGAAUUUUAGAGCUCCUCUCAACAGUUCACAUGCAUUUACAGACUCCCAUGAGAAAAGCCCUAAAACAUCCAGAGACCCCAAAAGCACUAGAUUUCCCAAGCCAUUUUUGAUGCAAAGGCAAGUUGUCAGUCACCGGUGUCCUCAGUUGUGUGUGGAGAAGCCAGCUAAAGUGCCCUGGAAAAGGCCCAAAAAUAAGACUGUUGAUGCCACCAUGACAAAGAAAAUUUCUACUGUGAAACAGGUGAAAUUCUCUCCAGUUGUACAAAUUCACAAGAUGAGAGCCUGGUCGUUUGCUCUUCAAGCGUGCCGUAAGGGGCCAUGGGAGGAGCAUGCUCGGGAUAGGGACCGUUUCCAGAGGAGAAUUUUGGAAACAGAGCAGGCCAUUGGAUAUUGUUUGAUGCGAUCUCACAGAGAUAAGUUUUUGAUCUAUCACCAAAGCACCCUACCUAAAUAAGCAUAUUCCAGGAAGACUUUCUAAGCUUAACUGAAACCCUGGACUGGUUCUGUUAACAACUCUGCUGUGUUGUGCACACAGUUUUCAAGCUCAAGUCUGUUAACAAGUCUACAUAUAUUCUUUACAGUGCCUUAUAGACUAGUAAUGAAAAUGACAAUGUGACAGCUAUCUUACCAUAAAUGUAGGUGGCAUAUAUGGUAGAGGCCGUUGUUUUUAAGUGAUGAGGAUACAAAAUGUUUCUGUUUCUACACUCUAUAUUUUUGGCUAUUUUGAGAAACUGCCUUCUGUAUUUUGUAUUAAUAUGGUUUCUUGUUUUUGUCAGAGAAUUUAGUAACCCUGUAAGAAGAGUGUGUCUAAGAGAGGGGUUUAAAAACAAUGCAUGAUGAAACUCACUCCCCUGAGAAGAAAUCAAUUAGCUUCUCCCCUUGACACACCAUUGGAUGCACAAACUGCAUGGUGCAAAGAGGAGCAAUAAUGUAGGCAAUCUUUAACAAACAUUAUCACAGCAGAUCUUUUUCCUUUGUGCAAAAGUUGUAAGUUCUCCCUGCUGCACACACUUUUGUUAGCAAGCAGGCUUUAUGGGGGGGAGGGGGAAUCAGUUUUCCCAUUGCUUACCCGGCUAUAACACAGUCUGUCAUUGUUGUGUAAUUGUAACUGACACAGCUAGAGAUCCAGUUACAUUUGUGUGUGUGUGUGUGUGUGUGUAUACUACUGAGUCUCACGCCAUCUCUACUGAUGCUGUAGUGUAUCUGGUUGCCAGGCAACAAAGAGAGCUGUGCUUGGUGGCUCUGAAAGUAUUACAGGAGAUUGCAGCAGGAAGAGUGCAUUGUGGGAGGGUAGCCAGCAUGGUCAUGAUAGAGAAUGGUGAAGCUAAGAAGGUGGGAGUGGAUGUGACUGGAUCUCUGGAGUCUCAAUUACACUGUUCAGACUGUCUGAUGCAAUCAGCAGCCUUUGUGAGUUAAACACAAAAGGUAGCAUAGGCAAGCUCAAAUAGUCCCAUAGGGUAUCUUCCCACUUUCUUUUGGUGAAAUGUUCCACACUCCUGUUAUGCUCUAAUCAAGCUCAAACUUAUAGAAAAUGCUAAGUUUGUUGUUAAAUUGUGUUAUUUCUGUAAAAGUUUGAUCAAAAUCAGUUUAAAUAUUCAGCAUAUAAUGUCUAUGAAGGUUCUUAAUUCAGGUCACUUUGCACUGUCUGUUUGAUAGCAUGUCUUGAAGAUAUUUUGUCACUCAUUCAAGGAAAAACCAAUGAAAUCCCUCAGAUGAGUGGAAAACCUGCUCCCGAUCUACCCUGACUACACUGGAAAAAGGGAAUAUGUGGUCGAUCAGGUUUAAGAGAAAAUAUUAAAUAUAGUUUACAUUAAAAUAUUUAGUUUCUCAGCAAAAUGUAAUUUCAUUGCUUAUACUAAAUUUAAUUUAAACAAGUAUCUAAUCUACUAGUUUGAAUAAUGUAGAGUGAGUGUGAUCAAUUCAUGUAGCAUCAUUUUGUUGUAUUAGCAAUUAUGUUAUAAAAUAUUGUGAGGAUGUUGGUGCUGACAGGAAGAAAAGACAGCACAGCAGGUCAUGUUGCCAUCUCACAACCCCAGAGUACUGGGUUUGAUCCUGUGCUCAGGUGACUUCACAGGGUUUGAUUUUAUUUCAAGGCUUUGAAUAUACAUGAUCGAAUCAUGUUGGCUAUACGAGAACAAAUUGUGUUAAUACAGCUUAAUUCAUUCACAUGGAACCAAUGUACACAUUUGAAUUAUUAAGUAAAUUCAAUUAACUCUUUUUCAGUAUAGGAGGGUGAAAUAGUUACAGACAACAAAGGAGACAAUCUUUGAGCACCAUCUAUGUCCCUUUUUUUUUUUUUUUUUAGCAUGCUCACCUUUUUAAUAUUAAAUCAUUCCAGUUCAAACUGUAAUGUGGGACAAGUGACAGCUGUUUUAGGGAUUGUACAUACAUUCACAUGGAUCAACUAGCUGAUGGUAAUUACACUUAGUAACAGUUAGUAGUACAAUAACAUUCAACUUCAGAAUUAUUGCAUAAAAUCUGCAAUAAAUGCAUAAUAAUUCAAGCAAUUAGAGAAAAAAACUUUCAUUUAAACACAAUAUAAUUAUUAUAAGAAUAGUAUUUUAAAUAAUUUUUGAAAUUAUAAAAAUGCAAAUAAUGCCAUCUUGUCCAAUAUAAGACUGUCCACAUGUUUGUUUGCCAUGAGGAAGGGGAACCUAAAAACUUAAUUAUACCAUGUAUCACAAUCAUGGCCUUAACAUAAGUUUUAAAAAAAGUCUAAAAAAGUUUAAACUUUUUAAAGGUUGCACAAAAUGCAGCACGUGAACCUUGCUGAGCAUCACUGAAACUGCAUGUAAUGGUCAACCAAAAUCAAACCAAAAUCAAGCUUUUUAACUAUGCAAAUUAUAGACAUGCUCGGUGCUGUUUUGACAUUCUUGAGGCCACGUCUAUACGAAAUGCUGAACUGGAAUCUGGCAAAGAACAAUCUCCAACGUGCUUGGCAGGAGUUUAGCCAUUUUGCUGUUUUCAGAUAUUCCGGGUUUUAUGACGUUUAGGAAGGGGUGUAGGGUGUCUCCAUUCAUCUAAAGCCAGUUUAACUGUGAGUAGCUCCCUAUUGCCAAUGUCAUAAUUCCUUUCGGCAGGGGAAAAUUUCUUAAAGAAUGCCACUGGAUGCAACUUAGGUUUCUUUCUGAGGCCAACCCCUGUCUCUGAGGGAUCCCAACAAUUAACAGUUUUGAUGGGUUGACACAACUAAAAUACACCUCACUGGCAUAUUGUAUGAGGCUGCCUGUAGGACAGAACUGGCCCAUCUGGCUUAAUGGUGUACUGAGAACAACCUGGAGCUCAAUACACAAAAAAAAACAGUGAAGAUGGUGAUUGAUUUUCAUAAGAACACAACUCCCCAUCAAACCCUGGAAAUCAACAACCAUGCAGUCAGUGAGGUGGAGUCAUUCAAAUUCCUAAGAACCAGCAUCUCCAAAGACCUCAAAUGGGAAAUAAAAACAAAAACCAUAAUCAGGAAAACUCAUCAAUAAGUGUGCGGUUCAGCUCAGUGUUCUCCAGUUUAAAGACCAGAUUGCAGUGAAUUUUGCACACUACAGAAAGGCUGACUGGCCAUCAGCAGCUGUUGAGACAGAAGCUGCAUGACAUCAGGGCCAAAAAGCAGCUGAGAAAAUUUCCCUGGACUGAACACACGCGGGGAACUAUUUGUUUCAUAAACUCCCCUCAGGUAAACAGUACCACUCUAUAAGAACCAGUACCACAUGACAUUUGAACAGUUUUUUUUUUCCAACAGCUUUUUUCCCAGGUCGCUCUUCUUCCGGUUGGUUAACAAACCAUCCACAACAAAUAACUAAUAUGUAUGUAUAAGCAGAACUGACCCUGACUUCACCUGUAGUGUAUUUUUUUUGUGUUAUUGUGUAUGUGGAUUUUGUUUUAUAUGUAUUAUUUAUUGUACAGGAUUGUGAGGCACUCUUUGUUGGUCUGUUCCUCUGUAUGUUUACAUGCUUAUUGCACGUUAUAUUUUUUUUGUGCUGAUUUGCUAAAUUAAAGUCCUGUAUACACAUACAUUUGGUAAAUAAAGUCAUUCUGAUUCUGA